AUGAGGUAAAAUUCUAUAGGAAAGUGAAUUGGGCUUGUAAAAAUAGUAAAUUUGGUAAAAAUUGACCAAUUUGAAAAUUUUAAAAUGCUAUCAUAUGCAUUUUGACCUGAAAACGCCGAAUCUAAGAUUAGUUUUUUUUGAUUUUAACUCUAAAUGAUAAAAAAACACAAUGCCAAGAUUUGCCAAUUUGGCGGGAAUUUAAAUUUUUGACAAAAUUUUGUUUGAAUUUUUAUGGUAUUGUUUUUUGUGUUGUAUAAAAUUUUUUUUUUAAGAAAACUGUUUUAAAAAUUGCAAAUAAACCAUAUUUUUAGGAGUUUUUAAGCAAAAAGAAAGCAGUUUUAGCGAUCCUUGCUUUUUUUAAAAAUUGAAAAAAUUUUUUUUGCGGACCGGACCGGACCCAAAAAUUUUGGGUUUGGACCGGACCCAAAAAUUUGAAGUUUGGACCGGACCUAAAAAAUCGCCGGACCGGACCGGUGAAAAACACUGGUUAUCACCUUGAAAUGUUAUAUAUAAACAUAUUUUAGAGAGAAGAAGCAGGAAAACACUCGGAAAGAAAGCCAAGAAAGCUUUUCUAGAGGAUUUGGCCGAGGUGGUGCUACGCCGUGGAACAAGGUCGAAGCUGUGUGGGGUGCUCCAGAUGUGUCAAAUUUAACCGACAAUACAGAGAAGUUAGCUAUUCGAACAGAACCAGUGAGUUACUUACAUUCUGUUUUAUAUUAAACUUCUUUAAUUUUUGUUUUAUGUUACCUUGUUUACUUUCAGGAACUCGAUAACACUUCUGAGCAACAAAAUAUACUAAAUUCUUUUGCUCAACAAAGUACAGUAGACCAGUGGUUUUACUUAGAUCCCAGUGGAGUUCAACGGGCCUUUUGAGACGAAGGAGAUGCAGGCGCGGUUCUCUAGCGGGUACUUCCAUCCCGAGCUACAAAUCAUGAAGCCUGGAGAUGCGGCAUACACUCCACUAGGUAAGAAAGCUUCUUGGAGAAGUAAUUGGUAGUUGGGUUCGCUAUUUUUGGUAUAUUCAAAAAAAGUUGUUUUAAAACUUGUUUCCUGCGUAUUUUUAUAUAAUUUAAUUACUAAAGUGAGUAUAAAUUGUUUUUCAGGUGAACUUGUAAAGACAAAUGGUGCCCUUACUCCGUCCAUCGAAAAGAAGCGAUCUCAGAAGCUACCCCAAUCUCCCCCAGUCGCAAGUACCCAAUCUGCUCGAAAUGCUUGGCAAUCAUCCAGUUCAAGCAAGGAAGAUAGUGCACAAGCAAAGCCGGAAUUGUCUAUAGACCAGCUACGAUUAGAAGAAAAGGAGAGAGUCCUACAGGAAGAACAAAGGAGGCUUAAGGAAAGAGAAGAGAACAUCAAACGAGAAGAACAGGAACGGCAGGAAAGGGAACGCAAGAUCAAGGAGAGGGAAAUGGAGCUGUUGAGGAAACAGGUAAGAAGAAUGUCAAAUUAGAAUGUUUCUUUGUAUUUUUACGUUUUUUGGGUACUAAAUAUGCAUUUGUUGCACGAAAAGUUAAUGUUAAAGUUCUAGGAAGAGUUCCAACAAAAGGAGAAGGAACUCUAAAGGGAACGAAUACAGGCUCUUGAGUACGAGCAGCAAAGGCAAGAAGAGUUGAGACAGCUUAAGGAACAGCUGAAGAAGAGUCUUGGGCAAAAACACCAGCCAGGACGUGAAGAACUUCUACAGUAUGAAGAAACGUUGAGAAACAAGAUGAAGAGUGUGGACAUCGACUGGCAGAAUCGAGAUCUUAGUGAAUUUUUUGAGCUAAUAGCGUUUGCUCAAGUGGCCACGUUAGGAUGA